AUGAUUGCACAUCUGGGAAUUUUGGGUUUUGUGGAGCCGGAUCCUGAAGAGAUCAGUUCUACUAAACCAGUACUUAAAGAGAUCAGUUCUAAACCAGCUCCUACAGAGAUCAGUUCUAAACCAGUCCCUGGAGAGAUCAGUUCUAAACCAGAACCUGGAGAGAUCAGUUCUAAACCAGUUCCUAUGGGUAUCAGUUCUAUACCAGUUUCUACAGAGAUCAGUUCUAAAGCAAUGCCUGGAAAGAUCAGUUCUAAACCAAUUCUUGGAGAGAUCAGUUCCAAGCCAGUUUCGGAGAUUAUUUCUAAACUAGUGCCUGGAGAGAUCAGUUCUAAACCUGUUCCUAUGGAGAUCAGUUCUAAACCAGUCCCUGGAGAGAUGAGUUCUAACCCAGUUCCUAUGGAGAUCAGUUCUAAACCAGUUCCUAUGGAGAUCAGUUCUAUGCCAGUACCCGGAGAGAUAGAUUCUGAACCUGUCCCUGGAAAGAUCAGUUUUAAAGAAUAG